CCUCAGCCGCCGAGGAGCCAUCAGCUUCAGCUCCAGCUCCGCGCUCUUCGGCUGCCCCAAUCCCCGGCAACUCUCACAGGAGUAAACUGACCUUAGAGACAAUACAUUAUUUGCCCAAGGCAUCACAAGAACUUUGAGAAGCACCUGUCAUGUUCCACACCCUUACUUUUAACCUAGCCUGCCUCGGUGAAGAGGCGUGGAGCUAUUUCCUAUGACAGUUCUGACCAGACUGCAUUGUACAUUCGUAUGCUAGGAGAUGUACGUGUAAGGAGUCGAGCAGGAUUUGAAUCAGAAAGAAGAGGUUCUCAUCCAUAUAUUGAUUUUCGUAUUUUUCAUGCUCAAUCUGAAAUUGAAGUUUCUGUGUCUGCAAGGAAUAUCAGAAGGUUACUAAGUUUCCAGCGGUAUCUUAGAUCUUCACGCUUUUUUCGUGGUACUACUGUUUCAAAUUCUCUAAACAUUUUAGAUGAUGAUUAUAAUGGACAAGCCAAGUGUAUGCUGGAAAAAGUUGGAAGUUGGAAUUUUGAUAUCUUUCUAUUUGAUAGACUAACAAAUGGAAAUAGUCUAGUAAGUUUAACCUUUCAUUUAUUUAGUCUUCAUGGAUUAAUUGAGUACUUCCAUUUAGAUAUGAUGAAACUUCGUAGAUUUUUAGUUAUGAUUCAAGAAGAUUACCACAGUCAAAACCCUUACCACAAUGCAGUCCAUGCUGCAGAUGUUACUCAGGCCAUGCACUGUUACUUAAAAGAACCUAAGCUUGCCAGUUCUGUAACCCCUUGGGAUGUCUUGCUGAGCUUAAUUGCGGCUGCCACUCACGAUCUGGAUCAUCCAGGUGUUAAUCAGCCUUUCCUUAUUAAAACUAACCAUUACUUGGCAACUCUGUACAAGAAUACCUCAGUACUGGAAAAUCACCACUGGAGAUCUGCAGUGGGAUUAUUGAGAGAAUCUGGUUUAUUCUCACAUAUGCCAUCAGAAAGCAGGCAACAAAUGGAGACUCAGAUAGGUGCUUUGAUACUAGCCACAGACAUCAGUCGCCAAAAUGAGUAUCUGUCAUUGUUUAGGUCCCAUUUGGACAGAGGUGACUUAUGCCUAGAAGAUGCCAGGCAUAGGCAUUUGGUUUUACAGAUGGCUUUGAAAUGUGCUGAUAUUUGUAACCCGUGUCGGACCUGGGAAUUAAGUAAGCAGUGGAGUGAGAAAGUAACAGAGGAAUUCUUCCAUCAAGGAGAUAUAGAAAAGAAGUAUCAUUUGGGUGUGAGUCCACUUUGUGAUCGUCAGACUGAAUCUAUUGCCAACAUCCAGAUUGGUUUCAUGACUUACCUAGCGGAGCCUUUAUUCACGGAAUGGGCCAGGUUUUCCAAUACCAGGCUCUCGCAGACAAUGCUCGGACAUAUGGGGCUGAACAAAGCCAGUUGGAAGGGGCUGCAGAGGGAACAGUCCACCAGUGAGGACACGGAUGCUGCGUUCGAGGAGUUGAACUCACAGUUAUUACCUCAGGAAAAUCGGUUAUCGUAGCCCCCAGAAGCAGUGGGACAGACUGCCUCCUGCCGGAUUUUAGAAAUGUGAAAUGGGGUCUCGAGGUGAGAGGACGUUCUCUUGGCCUGCCAAGGUUUCCGAAGGAACGAGGCCAGCGUUAUUUAUUCCCAAGGCGUCCUCUCUCGGAUCAUGUGACCCCACAUUUUAAUUCUAAGACCUGACCAUACAGCAAUAUGCAUUUGGCUUUCGUGUGAAACCUUGAAUAUGCAAAGCCCAGCAGGAGCGAACCGGAACGGAGUAACAGGAAGUUUUGCGGUGUGCCACGAGUCUUUUAAAAGCAUUUGUUCCUCGAACCACGAAACUUGAACUGUAUCUUUCAGCAGAGAUCUCUUGGAAUUUGAGCAGUCUGAUGCAACAUUGUGUGUCUGUACCUUCCCCCAAGUUCUCUCUGAGAAAAUGGAAAUGUGAAGUGCCCAGCCUCUGCUGCCUCCUGCAAGACUCAUGUUUACAAAUCAACUCUGAAAUACUGGUUCUAAAUUGCCUUGGAGCAGGAUUGUGAAGGAACCACUAAGAAUUUCAAAGAUCAAACUGAAACUGCAGCUCUUUCCCCCUGGUUUGCCUUUUUUUCUUCUUUGGAUGCCACCAAAGCCUCCCAUUUGCUAUAGUUUUAUUUUGCGCACUGGAAACUGAGCAUUUUUCAUAGAGUACCACCAAGCUUUCCCUUCAGUGCUGUCUGGCAAUGCAAUUUUUUUUAACUAUUUAGUUUUUAAUUUGGGGCGGGAGGGGAAGAACACCAAUGUCCUAGCUGUGUUAUGAUUCUGCAGUGAAGACAUUGCAUGUUGUUUUCACUACUGUACACUUGACCUGCACAUGCAAGAAAAAGGUGGAAUGUUUAAAACACCAUAAUCAGCUCAGGGUAUUUGCCAAUCUGAAAUAAAGUGGGAUGGGGAAGUGUGUCCUUCAGAGCAAGGGUACUAAAGUCCCUUUCGCUGCAGUGAGUGAGAGGUAUGUUGUGUGUGAAUGUGUGGACGUGUGUUCGCGUGCAUGUUUGUGCAUGUGUGACUGUGCAUGUGUUAUAUUUAUCCAUGUGGGAAAGGGUCUGAAAUGUAAGCUUUUAUUUAUUAUUUUAGAAUGUGACACAGGGCGCAGCCACACUGGGGGGGGGGGAAGGUAGGUGAGCCGUAACAGACUGCUCCAGUUGCCUUAAACUAUGCACAAAGCUAAGUGACCAAACUUCUUGUUUUGAUUUGAAAAAAGUGCAUUGUUUUCUUGUCCCUCCCUUUGAUGAAACGUUACCCUUUGAUGGGCCUUUUGAUGUGAACAGAUGUUUUCUAGGACAAAAUCUAAGGACUAAUUUUAAACUUCAAACAUUCCACUUUUGUAAUUUGUUUUAAAUUGUUUUAUGUAUAGUAAGCACAACUGUAAUCUAGUUUUAAGAGAAACCGGUGCUUUCUUUUAGUUCAAUUGUAUUUCCCUUGUUACUGUAAAAGACUGUUUAUCGAUUAUGUUUACAUUGUUGCAACAGCCAUUUCCUUCGGAGAAAGCUUGAGUGUAAAGCCGUUUGUCAAAGGCUUUGCCAUACUCAUUUUAAUAUGUGCCUGUUGCUGUUAACUUUUGAUGAAUAAAAACCUAUCUUUUCACAUA